UUUCAGCCAUAUCCCACUUGAAAGCACGCUUUUCAAGAUGGGGGUACUGUCGACACUGACGCGAGGGCUGGUCCGCGGAGCAGACCGGACAGCGGAGUUCACGAGCAAGCGGGGCCCCAACACUUUCUAUAAAAGCAGAGGGGCUAUGCCCACGGGAAUACUAACAUCCAGCAGGAAAUUCAUACCUGUACGCGAAAUGACACCCGAGUUCGUGGUACCCAAUCUAGAAGGAUUUAACCUGAGACCCUACGUGUCCUUCAAAGCCCCAGCGGGGACGGAAGAACGCAUGACGGCGGAAGAACUCUUCGCCCAGGUGGUUGCGCCACAGAUCGAAAGGGACAUUGAAGCAGGCACGUUUGACAAGGAACAACUGGAAAAAUACGGAUUAGAGAAAACGCAAGAAGGAAAGCUGUUUAAAAUGUAUCCAAAAAAUUUUGUUCGUUAACUGUUUGUUAUAAUGAUUACUGGACUCUGAAACUGCGUUUCUACAGGCUCAAUACACCCUCUAGGCACAUACCGCUGAAACAGUUGGCCAUUACAGAAUAUGCAAAACAAUUUUGUUGUGACUUAAAUACAGCUCAUAUUACAGUGUUA